GCCAAUCGCCGUUCGAAUUUCGAAAGACGAAAACUUGUCUAGUCGCACGCCGACCGUCGGAUUGAGCGUAUCGCGCAUGCGUACAACCUCACCAACGAACUAAACUUCGAAACAACGUAAAUAAACAAGUGAUACGAUCUGGUGCCUGAAUUCUAUUGUAGUGUGUGUCUAUUUUUAAUUAAAACUACGAUUUUUAUUUCGUAGACUAACAUUUUGUAACGCAAAGUGCCAAUUUGUGCUGCGAAUUUGCGUGUACUUCAGAUCACAAAUCUUUGUGAAAACCUGAGAAAAUUGUUUCAAACUAAGAAAACUAAAUAUAAGUGAUAAACAUUAACCAGAAGUAAUAUGUGCAGACGGGACUAAAUAAAAUAAGAAUGCAUCUACAAACUGUUUUAAUAUUAAGCGCUUUUUUUCUGUGUAAUGCAAAACUGCCGCGGUUAAAACAACACAUACAACCGAACGAGCUACCACAGAAUCUCGAAUUUAAUUCACACUUACAACUAUUAGAAACAGAGAGGAAAAAUGUGAGAACGAGUCGAAUAGUCGAUCAAUAUAGAACGCGGCAUAGGAGAGAAUCGUUCAAUUCCCGUUCAUAUGAGUCUGGUUUGAUAUGGUCGCAUACGGAAAGAUUGGACGAGAACGGAGAUGUGAUUUUGCGGUGGGUGAACACAGAUUCGAGUAUAACGUUCAGAUUGGAGGCGAGGACGCGUGGUUACGUCGGUUUAGGAUUCAACUCGGCGAGGAAUAUGAGAAAGGCGGACUUGGUUGUCGCCUGGGUGGACGACAGACACGGGAACGCACAGAUUCUGGACUGUCACGGCCUUGCGUUUGAAGAUCGUGCGGUAGCCGAUGAAGUGCAGAACUAUGAGCUGAUAUCUGGAUUCCAGAACAAUACGCAUACCACUGUGGAGUUCAGGAGGCAGCUGGACACGUGCGACAGGCAGGAUGUCGUUAUUGGUGAAGACACAAUCCAAGUGCUAUGGGCUCUUGGGCCUGAAGGCUCAGAUGGUGAACUUCCCAGGCACGUGCAAAGCGGCUCCCGACCUUUACGACUACUGCAGCCGUUGGCUAAACCUGACUCCAUACCGCUCAAGUAUUGGGACGUUAGGAUAUCCAAUUUCACAAUCCCACACGUGAUGGCAACAUUAUUCUGGUGCAAAGUCUUCAAGGCGCCCGAAUUGACGAGGAAGCACCAUAUAGUUGGCUACGAACCCUUGAUCGACAGUCGACCAAUCAGAAACGGGAAACCAGUUGUGGAGAAGAACAGCCUAUCUCCAGUGCAUCAUAUGGUGUUGUAUGAGUGUGCGGAGGACCAUGACAAGAGGCAGUGGAGCGAGUGGGCGGAGGGUGAAGGAUUCUCUGGACCCAGUCGACCGGGCGAGUUGUCUGCUUGUGUCACUCCUAUCGCAGCUUGGGCUAUGGGAUCCAAAGGAGAAUUCCUCCCUGAAAACGUCGGUAUUCCGCUAGGCGAGAAGGGCGGAGUCUCCUACUACAUGCUUGAAGUUCAUUAUGACAAUCAAGAACUACAUGAAUUCUUGGACAACUCGGGCAUUCGGAUACACUAUACGUCGUCGGUGCGCGCCCACGAUGCGGCACUGCUAGGCGCCGGUGUGGGCGUGUCGGCACUGCACGUUAUCCCGCCCAAGCAGCGCGCGUACCGCACCUUGGGCAUCUGCAGCCCCGAGUGUACUAACAACACUAUGCCAGAAGAGGGAAUCAAUAUAGUAUCAGUGUUGCUUCAUGCCCACGGCACUGCGCGGAAAAUUUCAUUGAAACACAUUCGAGGCACAGAAGAGCUUCCUAGGAUAUCUGAGGAAAAUAACUACGACGCUCGUUACCAACAAUCCCGGAUAGUUCCUGGUGGGAGAAGGUUCUUUAAAGGAGACACUUUGAUCACUGAGUGUACUUACGACAGCAGUUCAAGAAAUAGGCCUAUUUUGGGAGGAUAUUCUGCUACACAGGAGAUGUGUCUAUCUUUCGUGCUAUACUAUCCACGAACUGAGCUGGCCGGCUGCUACUCCAUGACGCCAGUUGUAGAGUUCUUCGAGACGUUCGGCGUUCGGGAGUUCUACGGACUCAGUAUGAUGCAGGUCGAGAAGAUUUUCCUGUCUUCAGGAAACUUGGAUGGUUUACCUCCAGAACUCGAAGCGAAUAUCAGAGAGCAUAGUCUUGAAGAAACUAUAAUGCAAGGGGAUGAUCAAGGGGUUGGUUUGAUGAAGGUUCUAGUGAUCAAAGAGCCUCCAGAGUUCCGCAACAAAACGUUCAUGGCCCACCUCAACGAAAUGCCGUGGUCCGAGCCGCUGCUGACUGAGCAAAUAGAGAAAACUUUGUCAAAGGGCUGGCAUAUGACCUUCUGCAAGAAAAGGGACGAUAGUUGGGGAGCGCCAAUCCAGAUCCAGAACUACCCGAACUUCACAGAAAUAUCCCACAACGUGGCUUCAGAUAAAAACUGCAACUACAAGAGCGUCAGGCUACCUUCAAUGACCACCACCACUGGUUCAGCAACAAUAAAUACUUUAACAUCCACCAUCUUGGCUGUAUGCCUAAUUAUCAUCGUCGCGCGGUAAUAAAAAAUCUGCAGAAAUAUAUUAAAGUGAUCGCACACAUACCACGUGGUGAUUCGCUAACUCAGUGAUCAACAUUAAACGAUAGCCGUUAAACUCAUUUCACAUUGGUUGGUUCUACAAUGCUGUUUCGCUGAGUGAUAUGAAGAUGAUUGUUCGUAGAAUACCUAUUUUUUUAUUUAAAUAUCUGCAUUGCUUAAAACUAUGACAGAAUAAAAUACAGGAUUGAAUAUACAAACGUAAGGUGUAACCUAUAAGUAAUGGAUAAAAAAAGACAAAUGAGCUCAAUGACUAUCAUUUCGUGUUGAUCAAUGAGUAAGUGAGGCGCAAAAGUCGCAAAUAUCACAAGUAAAAAUGUGAAUGACGUCUUAAAAUAUAUGAUUAGAGGUCACAUUAGCGUCGACCUUUGCUAGUCAUCAGCAUUUUUUCGAUCUAUAAUAGAUCGUAGACGUAUAAUACGUAUUAUUGGUAUCGAAAAAAUGCGUUGAAUGCGCCUCCUGAGGGACAUUUCGUGGUAUGCGAUCUGCUUAAACCGGAACCAAUGAUACUGUUGUUUUUAUUUUUGAAAUUUUUAUUAUUGUCAGACGUUAUUCUGUUAUUUUGAAUUCUUCAUGUACACUUUUGCGUAUUAAGCUGACCGUACACUGUCGCAAGAGUUAUAACUUAUAACAAUAUAUUGUAACAGAUUUUUCAGUACUGAAAAUAGAAAUAAUAUUCACAAGACCAGUCGAUUGCAUUGAAUGCACCAAAGAUUAGUAUUUAUUUGGUGCGUCUUUAUUAUCUUACCAUUUUUGCGGCAAUGUGCGAUUAGUCUUCGAAUAUAUUAUAAUGUUUGAAAUCGUUGUGUCCCCAUUAUUAAGUAAAUGAUUUUACAUUACGACAAAUUCCCUUUUCUUCGAUAAAGAAAGUUAUUUGUAAGCGACGCGAAGUAGAUAUGCGAAUUUUAUGUUUUGUUCUCUUUUUCGCUUUUCAUCCGAUUUUUAUUUCGAAGAAUCGAAUAACUCCUGUGAAUUUUAACGAGCUGUUUUAGAACAACAUUUUUUUUAUUAGGCUGGAUUGCCACUAGCUUGAGAGAUCUGAGCGAUAGAUUUUUGCUAGGCCUUUAUCGAGACUCUUGAGUACCUAUAUAGACGUCCAAACGGAAGAGUUUGGACAUUUCAAAGCUUGCAUUGAGAAGCUUGAGUAUCUUAAGAUGCUAUGGCUGAAAGAGGCUAGUCGCUCAGGUGAUAGUAGACAAUGUGGCUGAUUCUGUCUCUACACUAAACUAAAAAGACGGGUCUCAAUGUGUUGCUAUCCCUUUUAUAAUGCUCCCUGCGGAAAAGGAUAGCACUAGACCUGGUAAUUUACUUUAGUUUAAAAAUGAUGUUCUACAAAACUAUACACAUUAUGCGCCCAGCAUUAAUGUGUUUAAAGGCUUUUUAUGUAUUUUUUAUUUUUGUUGAAGACAAAAUUAUUACUAAUCGUGGAUAAUAAGGAAAUUCCCCUUAACUGGUCAAAGUGAGUAUCAGCAGCUGUAUUCGACUGUUAUACGUGUAAAAAAAGUUGUUUUAAUUUUUAUACAUAAUAAUAAUAAUUAUAGAUGAGUGAAUGUUUUUGUGAUUAUUGUACUUAGUGGGUUUUUGCUCAUUCCUUUAAAUUCAAGGUUAUUACGAAAAUGUCGUCGUAUGCAAAGACAUACAAUCUUAUUUUUUCUUAGCUGACUUGAAUGUAAACAAGCAGUUCGUCGUAAAAAAACGCGUAAGCGACGUAUUAGCGACGGCGCAUAGAAUGUUCUUAUCGCGAACUAACAAUGAAACCGCGAUAAAACUGAAAAAACAAGUUUUAGACCGCCGGUAAAAGCGAGUCGUUUCCACGUUUCUUCAAAAACUUUCUAUGAUAUAUUUGCCUUUCAAGUCAGGUAAGAAAAAAUAAUAUGUAGACGAUUCCAACUUUAUGAAUGUAUUUCAAUUAAGUGAUGAACGAUACCAAAAGUAUGGUAUUAAUAAACUACUUAUAUAAUUUUGUAUAACUAUUUUACGAAUAGAAUUCAUUUUGUAUUGAUUAUUUUUUUAAUCGUGUUUGUUUUCGUAAUUUUCAACGAAAUUAGGAUUUUAAUGGGCUAAUAUUACACAUAAUUAUUAUGAGAAAUUAACGCAUUAAGGCAAGUUCCUUUUACAUAAUUUUAACUGAUCGCAUAUUACAUUGAGAGUCGCAUAUUGGAUUGUAUGUAUUAAAUGAAUGAAUGUGAAUGAAAAAAAAUCCGGGAUAUUUUCCGGGGUAGUAAGUAAUUAGUUUAGGUAAAUAAAAUGUUUUGCAUUCCACAUUUUAUGGACAUUAUAUGCUUCACAAUAUAAAUGACGCAUAUUAUGAUAUAUAGUAAUACCUCAAGAUUAAGAUAAGGGUUGGAUAUUAAACCAAAGGUUUUAUAAUUUGGAUUCUAAAAAUAUAAUUACUAAUGGGAAGUACAGCUGUGGUAGUAUUUUUGAGAGUUUUUGAUUUUUGUGUAAGCUACUAUAACAGGAAAAUGGAAAAUCGUUCAGGUAACGUUUUCUGUAUCUGCAUUAGUUUGGCCAAUAAUUGGUACUGAAAAAUAUGUCACUUGCGGCCCUGUCUGUAAUAUGCGAUCAGCAUUUAGGGAUCAGUUUUUUUAUAACCAGUCAGAGGCAAAGCGAUGUUUUGUAUAAAGUAACAAUGUAACGAUCAUAGUAUCAGUUUAGUUAAAAGUAAUUUUGAGAUACUUUUCUUUUUGUCAUUUUGAAUAUUUAUUUAACAUUCUGACCUCUAGCAUCAAACUUAUGGUCACAAUGCGAUCUUCGCAUUAUUUAUUAAUGCAGAAUUCGUGAUAGGUACUAAUGCUAAAACUUGUAUUCCUAUAAAAAGUAAGUUUCAAGCUCAAAGCACAUUACGGCAGAGUUGAAGCGAGUCGGCGCGUAAGUAGCCGUAUUUGUAUAGCGUCACAGUUUAAUUUACGUCGCUUUGCUACGUUUACUAGGGAUAAUACCAUUUUAUUACCUUAUUUAAGAGUUCUGUGUGUUGUGAGAGAUGAAGUUUAAUUUACUUUGCAUAAAAAAACUCAUCGCGUCGCUUGGACUCUCCCGCAAUGUGCCUUGAACUUCAGCUUAUCGCUAGAGUUACGUUUACAAUCGAGCUAUCAAAGUUUGGUACCAGAGGUCUAAUUCUGUUGGAUCAUUAAAAAUGAUAACCAAUAAUAAUGUAAUAUAUUAUUUUAGUGUCGAUAUCGAUAGCAACUAUUCUUAUGAGACAAGAACAACACUAUUGUAUAGUAAGAUAUACAUUCAAUUAGGGCUGUGCUAAAUAAGCUCUUUUGCAACGAUUAUUAAGAUAUUUUGAUAGAAUUUUUACUUACAGUUUUUUUUUUGUUCAAUGCAAAUUACCCAUAGUAAUUAGGUAUUUGAUUUAACGGUGUACAUAAACGUAACUAUAUCGCCUUCUUUCGAUCUACCAAGUGCCUAUCUCAAUUCUUGACAUUGUAAACUAUAACAAAAUUUCAAAACUUUGGAUUCUCAAAAUAAAUAAUAUCGGUAUUUAUAUCAUUUUAUUGAAUAAACGCAAAGUUUUUAAAAUUGUACCUACCAAGUUUAUUGAAGUAAUAAUAUAAUAAUUAUGUAACAUCAUAAUAUGUAAUAUCAUAAUAUAAACCCAUCCAGUAUAGAAAGGUCCAUGAUAUAAUUAAAUCUGACAUGUAAACUUGCUCAUAUUAAAAAAAAAAGUAUGUAUAGGUAUUUUUUUGGGAUUGAUUUGAUUUUUGAAGGCUCCAUUGUACGUAACAUUUGUAGGUACUGGUCGUCAUCUAGUUACGUUUAUGAAAGGGUAGCAGAAUUAGGUUUAAGGUUUCGAUUCCCGAGUCAUUCUGUUAGAUGUAACUAUUGCAUUUUGCUAUUUUUAAUUUAUACCUCCCUAAGGUCUAGCUGUAAGGAUACGCUUAGUAUUAAUUAAGGUUAAUUUAUUUAAAAGUCAAUAUAAUGUGUUUUAUUACUUUGAA